ACGUGAUUACGUGAGUUCAUUUCUCUACAUAUAUUCAUGAAUUCACAUUUCAAAAACUCAUCCUUUUAAAACUACGUACCGGAAAAAAAAAAACGACCAUACUAUAAAAAAAUGUAUAACGUUGUGGUUUGCUUACUGACUUUGAGUUUUCUGUUGCUCACUGGACUAUCAAACACAGCAGAGGCUCGAGUACCAUACGAAGCCAGAGAAGGGGUUUGGGAUCAAAAGGUGAUCACAGAGAUCAAGGCUGAGGUAGGUGGAAGUUGUUCACCGCAUGCACAUGGAAGAGGGCCACCCAAUAGACCAGGCUCAUCAAAUAUACCAGGCUCGCCAAAACGAUGUACAAAACCCUAGUGCCCUAGCAACAACUAUUUAUAAUAGACAUUUCUUUGGAUUCAGUAUCGUGCAGCUUAAGCUUGUCCCAAACUGUAAUAUGUUAUCAAUAGGUUCUAUGGUUUUUUUUUUAUGAAAUUAGGACUAAACCAACUCAACAUAAAGCAAACAAAUACAAUAAGCAAUAAACAAUCAAAAUAUUCCAUCUUAUUUUUUCCUCUCUGCAAAUUUAGCUUUGCUCAAUUUUGAUUGAGAAGAAUGUGAACGUUAUGUUGCAUU